UUAAUCCACAGAGCUGUGGAGAUAGAGCUGGGACUGUGAGACUAGGUGUGAGUUUACUUAUUUAUAGUGUUCUGGAUGGUUCCGGCCCACUUCAAUCUCUGAUUAUGAAUUAACAAUGUAUCAUUAUAAUAUGAAAACAAUGUGACAAUUUUCAUCGUAGUGAUGAACUUACAGAAACUGUCAGCUGAAUCGGCAGCUCCCCUCGGCUGUACGAGCUUUAUAAAGAGUUUCGAUUGAUUUUCUGUCUGGCUGCAACUCUACUGUUUUGUUCACUCACUGCUCUCAGUCCACUGUACACUACCUGCUCAGCACCAAACAGCAGACUUUAGAUUAUGUUAUUUUCGCUGCUGUAAGUCCUCCGUAAAAACUUUGCAUUUUCAUCUUAUUUUCUGAUUUUACUCCAGGGAUGGAAAAUCAUCUCGGACUCCAAUGGAUUUACAAACGGCUUUGAAGAUUUCUCUCAAGUAAAUAUUUUGUGCAAAAAUAUGCAGCCAAGAUGAAGAAGUGGAUUGUUUUUCUGUGGCUGAGCAACGGAUGGAUGCAAACUGCUGCUGCUGAUACAACCCCCACACCCUCCUCUGCACCAGUGACACCCACUGAAGAUGAGGGCACCCACCUGGUGGAUUGGUUGAUGAAGUAUGGCUACCUCCCACCCUCAGACCCUUCCACUGGUCAGCUGCAGGCUUGGACAGCUGUCACUAACGCUGUCAGGGCCAUGCAGAGGUUUGCAGGCCUUAAUGACACUGGAGUCGUAGAUGAGGAGACAAUGGCGUUGAUGAACAGUCCACGCUGCUCCCUACCUGACGAGCCAUCCAAAUCACCGGCCAACCAAGAAGGGAGCGACAUGAGGAGAAGGAGGAGAAGGGCUAUCUCCAUGUGGACACGCAGGAACAUUAACUGGAGGUUGAGUUCAUACCCCUCCUCUUCUCAUCUGUCCCGGGAAACCAUUCGCUCCCUGGUCUUUUAUGCUUUAAGAGUGUGGGCAGAGCCAACACCCCUGGAGUUCCACGAGGUGGGCAGCCCAGAGGCAGCUGACCUACAGGUAGACUUCCUCCAUGGUUACCACGGUGAUGGCUAUCCCUUUGAUGGGGCAGGCGGUGCAGUUGGCCAUGCUUUCUUCCCAUCAGACCAUGCACGGGCAGGAGGAGUUCAUUUGGAUGCAGAGGAGGAGUGGGCCUUCAGACAGCCAGCAUCUGAGGGCACUGACCUGUUCACAGUGCUGGUCCAUGAGUUUGGCCAUGCACUGGGCCUUGCUCACUCCUCAUCUCGCCACUCAGUGAUGAGGCCGUACUACCAGGGUCCUGCUGGAGAUCCUCUCCACUACCGCCUGGGCCCUCAGGAUCUGGAGCACAUCACCCAGCUCUACGGUAAGAGGAAUCAGCUGCUGGCCACUGACGCUCCUCGCCUCUCCCCGGAGCCUGAGCGGCGCCUGAGCCUGAGCCGUCACCAUGAUCACAGAUAUGGCCCCUUCAUAGAUCGCUGUAACAUCAGUUUUGAUGCUGUGGCAAGAAUCCGUGGGGAGACUUUCUUCUUCAAAGGUCUGAGGAUGUGGCGAGUCAAUGGUGGGGGCUUGGUGUCGGGUCGCGGGGCUUCAGUCAGAAGGCUGUGGAGGGGUCUACCUGCUGACCUGCCUCGGCUUCACGCUGUGCUUGAGAGACAGUCCGAUCAUGCCAUCAUCUUUAUCAGUGGUUCCCACUUCUGGCUGUUCAGGGAUCUGUCCCUGCAGGAGGGCUACCCUCAGCCCCUGUCCGCCCUCAGGAUGGCGGGGGGGCUAGCUGGAGCAGACGAGGACGAGGACGAGGAGGAGGAGGCAGCAGCAGGGAGGUGGGGCCUGGUCUGGGACACAGAGCAGGGUCCUGUGUGGGGGAAGAUGGGACACGCUGAGGAAGAGAAGCAUGAAGACAAGUGGACUCAGCUGCUCAGAGAGGGGGUCAGUGGCAUCACCACAGACAGCGAUGGCUCUGUCUAUCUCUUCAAAGGAGACUCAUACUGGAAGUUCAGGUUUCCAGGCUCCACACUGCAGGACGGAUAUCCACGAUCCUCUACUGCAGACUGGCUGGACUGCCCCGACUCCUCCUCAUCCUCUCCUGUGGUGGACGACCUCUCCUUGUCUCUAUCUCCAUCUGCAGGAAGACAGGAGCUCAGGGAGAGAUGGAGGGAGAAGAAUGAGAAGGAGGAAGAAGGAGAAAGCAGGAGGGACAGACAUGGAAAUCAACAUAAAGACAGAGGUUCACACAUCUGGACACAAUGCAUGUGCCAAAAUGGAGCUCUUAGUGGCAGGACGACAUCUUCUAUUGCUGCCUUGCUGCUGAUUACAUGGACACUGUUGGCUAUCUAAAGCUGCACAGGACUAUGGAAGUCAGCUGUCUUAUCAGGUUUAAUGAGGAGGCACAAACAGUCACCAUGUGGGUUAGGUUAGGUUAGGUUAGCGUUAGUUAGGCAGAGAAGAGAAACUACAAACACUCACUAUGAGAAGAGAAGAUUGAG